CCAAACAAUUUCCUUGUCUCGUGAUUCAAAAACCCCUCAUAAAUCCUCUCCCUGUCCUUGCUUCUCUGCUUAUCUCGCCGUCAUAGUGUUCCUUCCUUUCUUGGCAAUACCUCUCUCUUUCAAAAUGCAUGCCAAGACAGACUCCGAGGGAACCAGUGUCGACACCUCAUGGCAGCUGCGAUCACCACCGCGGAGGCCGGUGUACUACGUCCAGAGCCCCUCAAACCAUGACGUGGAGAAGAUGUCAUAUGGGUCUAGCCCAACUGGCUCGCCAGCUCACCAUUAUUAUCAUUGUUCACCUAUUCACCACUCUCGCGAGUCCUCCACGUCGCGCUUCUCGGCGUCUCUUAAGAACCCUAGAAGCCUCUCUGCCUGGAAGCACGUACAGAUUAAUCAGGACGAUAAUGACGAUGAUGAAAUGGACGACGAUGAUGGUGGUUCUGCUCGGAAUGUGAGAUUGUAUCUGUGUGGGUUUUUGUUCUUCGUUUUACUGUUCACCAUUUUCUGCUUGAUUUUGUGGGGCGCUAGCAAGGCCUACAAGCCUAAAAUCUUCGUUAAGAACAUGGUUUUCGAGAACUUUAAUGUCCAAGCCGGAAGUGAUCAGACAGGAGUGCCAACAGACAUGCUGUCGUUGAAUUCUACGGUCAAGAUUCACUACAGAAAUCCCUCCGCAUUCUUCGCCGUCCACGUAACCUCUACCCCUCUUGAGCUUCACUAUUACCAGCUGAAGAUGGCCUCUGGACAGAUGAAGAGGUUUACUCAAUCGAGGAAGAGCCAAAGGACAGUGAUAACAGUGUUGCAAGCUUCUCAAAUUCCCUUGUAUGGAGGGGUGCCACUUCUUGCCAAUGCGAAAGAUCACAUUGAAAAAGUAGCAGUGCCUCUGAACCUGACAUUUGUGGUGAGAUCAAGAGCUUACAUUUUGGGAAGAUUGGUGAAGUCCAAAUUCUACAAGCGUAUAAGAUGCCCUGUUACUCUUCAUGGGAACAAGCUUGGCAAGCCCAUCAACUUGACAGCUUCUUGUGUUUACCAUUGAAGGAUAAGAUCAUGCAUUUCUAUGUUGUCUGAAAUAUCAACUUUUUUUUUUUUUAAUUUACAUUUUCUUUCUCCUUUUAUCUUACUAAUAGUCUUAAAUUGCUUCUUAUUUUUGCAAUGUAAAUUUUGUUAUUUGCA